UUCCUGCGUUGCCUUACCUCACUCCGAGGCUGCUUCCCAGGCAAGGCUCCCUUACCACCUGCAUUUUAAUUUUAUUGGCACCGUUAUAUAACCACGACCUCGCCAUUGCUUCCUCUGGAGGGUCUCAGCUCGAUCCGGCGUCCAAGCUUCCUGGUUCCCUCAAUUCAGAUCGUCACAUUUCCGCGCGCAGUUGAAGAUCUUAUUUGCGUUCAUCCGAUUGAUUUGCGGCGCGAACUAUGCUCGUCGUCUAACUUUGUCCAGGUCCUCACUGCGGUCCAAUCACUCCCCGAGCACGCCCCCUCUGUCUCAGAUCCUACAGCGGGUGUGUCCUUGUUUGAUUCCAUCAAUAUGCCCGAUUCUGAAGGUUGGUUAACAUCGUCCCAUAGUUUAAUAGAGGCUUUGUAUUAAAAUCCAGAGAGACCUAUUCCAUUCCACGCUGCCUGUGAAAGCAGGCCGUCCAGCUGCAGGGGCGGAGCUACUACCAGACUUGGGCGGCCCAAGCUCACCAUCACCGAGGAUGUUUUGGAGAGGAGAAGGCUAUCCAAGCGUAGGCAAAAUGUUCGGCGGACCAUCCAACAAGGUGCAACACCAAAUGGUGUUUUGAAUGUAUCUUCUCGGGAAAUGCAUCCUCCUGGACACUCUACCAGUCAGUUGAAUGCAGCUGAUGGAGGUGCUGAUGGAGGUGAAGCUAGCAGCGCAGAGGAGGGUUUGCAUAUGGAGACCUCAGCUGAAGGUUCAGCUUUGGAACAAGGUUCUGGCACUGAUCAUGCGGCGGGAGGACAAGCUGAUCCAGGACCAGGGGAAACACGCCGGCAGCGCGCAUCCAUUAACAAGAAGAAGAAAGAAUUCAAUGACAUCAAUGUUGUGUUGAACAUGGGCAUGCCAACUCAAACAUGUGGAUCCUACCAGGCCCAAGUGUGGGCUGAAGAAUUCACCGGUAGACAUGCAGGUGCAGGAGCCAAGUCGUAUUCGAUUUGUUGUGGUAAAGGCAAGGUGCAACUCCCAUUCUUACGUGUACCACCUUUGGAACUGACCCAGCUACUCACAGGAAAUGAUAUGGUGGCAAAAAUAUAUUUUCAGAAGAGCCGCAUCUAUAACACCAUGUUUGCAUUCUGUUCAUUUGGUGGAAAGGUGGAUGAAUCAGUCAAUAAUGGGAGAGGGCCAUAUGUUUUUCGGGUGACUGGACAAGUGUGUCACAACAUUGGCUCUUUGGUGCCGCCGGAUAGACAAACUCCGAAAUUCGCACAGUUAUAUAUGUAUGAUGGAUAUGAGGCAAAUGAGCAUCGGAUUAAUUACGCGGGAAGAAAAGAGGGGGUUGAUAGAUUGAUUGUUACAGCCCUUGAUAGCAUGCUCGCUCGCAACAAUGCCUUGGUUGGAAUAUUCCGCCAAAUAAGACAGCGGUUUGCUGAUAUGGAAGUUCUUCCUGUACGCUUGAAAUUGUUUGAGAGGCGCACAACUGAUGGCCGUUUUAAUAAUACUCAGUCUGAGGAUGAUUAUGAAAUCGAGAAUAUUCAUGCUGUAAAUGAAUUUGAGUUCGCUGGUCUUGCUGUCGAUAACGACUUUGCAAAUAAGAGGGACAUGGUUAUUCACAGUAAAGCUUUAGGACUGCAGCAUAUAAGUGAGUUACAUCCCUGUUAUAUGUCCUUGCAGUAUCCUCUGCUGUUCCCGUUCGGCGAAGAUGGUUAUCGAACUGGUAUAAAACACCGUGAUGUACGCAGCUCAGAUAACCGGAGGAACAACACUGUAAGUAUGCGCGAAUAUUAUGCUUUUAGAACACAUUUCCGAGUAGCUGAGGGGCAUGCAUUGAUACUUGGUGGAAGAUUAUAUCUACAAUUCCUGGUUGACGCUUGGUGCUCAGUGGAACGCAGUAGAUUGCUGUGGGUACAGCGAAAUCAAUCUUUGAUUAGAUCAGAUCUUUAUAACAAUGUAGUUGACAGCUUCAUGCGGGGCGAUACAAUUGCUGCUGAUGUAGGAAAAAGAGUGGUACUGCCUUCAAGUUUCACCGGAGGAUAUCGAUACAUGCAGCAGAAUUUUUCAGGAUUCACUGGCCAUUUGCAAAGAAUAUGGUCAUCCUGAUCUAUUCAUCACUUUCACGUGUAAUCCUAAAUGGGAUGAGAUUGAAACUGCAGUUCAGCUUUCUUCA